ACGCUGCGUGGGCAUGGGCAUGGAAGACGGAUGCACCUACAGCAGGCGGAGAGCGCGUACCUGCAAGCCCUACAUUAAACGAUUGCCUAGAGAUACAGAGGGAGCGACCAAGGCGAAAGCAAGAUAUCGUGGCUCCCAGGACGUGGCUAUCAAGAGGUUUAGGUUGAGUGCUUCUCCAGCGACCGGCCUGGUGGGCAUGCAGGAGAAUUCCUUCCUCACGAGCUUCUUCAGCUCGGUUGGAUUUCUACCACUCACUACCCGAAGGGAUGUACGCGAAACGAUGGUGACACUCAUGAUGUCGGCUACCCGGCAGCAAUCAAUCGCUACGGAAGACUGCGACGUCGAAGAGAAUUCCCACGCGCUGGUAUUGGAAAACAAAGUCUGCAACACAUCGGAAGGAGACGACUUCCCGAAGACCUGCACGUUUUGGUGUGCCGUGGCCAUCGGGGCACUCGCUAAGGGCCAUCCUAUCGAAUCUACGAAUAUCUACUUCCGACGAGCGAAAGAAGCGAUGGCAAGAUACUCAGGCCCGACAAACUUCGAGGUGGCAAAGGCGUGGACGAUACUGGCGUACCUGCACGGCUUCAUAGGAGAUAUGGAAACGUUUCACGAGUAUCUGGCACUCUCGGACAGCUUCGUACAUGACUCCGCCGAGAGAGGGUCACGAGAUUCGCUCCCAGUGGGGUUCCCCGAGGUCGUCAAGCACGGAGAAACGAUCAAGCUCUUCACUGGGACUGCAGAAGAGGAAGAGGUCGAGUCGCUCCUCGCCCAAGAAGUUUCUUUUCCGGGGGAGUGCGAAGUCGCAACUGAGGCGCAUAUCUGUCGAUAUAUCAUGCAAUAUCACAGGGCGAUUGAAAUUAGCAUCCAACAGGCUCUACGCACGCCGGAGGACACACCAUACGUUGGCGCAGAUGACGCGCAGUAUACCGAAGAUGGUGCUGCGAAGGGGUCGAAAGCCGGCGAUAGAGUAGGCGGAAUUUGUUCCCUCUCACGCAAUCCACAUAGCCGCGAGCUUAUCUGUGAUGUUGUGGAAGGGAUCCAGCUUCAAUUCCCAGGGCUCGCACAUCUUGAAGACGCGGUGGAGAGACCGGAUAUUCGCCCGGGUGUUGGCGGCCUCAUCAUCAACGGGACCCUAUUCUUCAACAAAACGGUUAGCGGGGAUAACAAGGGCGCACUGGAGAGGCUAGAACGCUGUGUGGAGGUCUUUGAGGGAUUCCCUGGAUUAACUCGCUUCGCGAUGGGAAAUCACAUGGCACAUGUCAUGUUGUCGGUGGCUGCAAGCGUCGGUGACUCUAGGGAUGGCGGGCUGUACAAUCGGCUCCGGAACGCUUGCAAUCUCACGCGGCCCCAAGGCUCGUUGGCGUUUCCGCCCUUGGAGGAAUGGCAAGGGAUAUCAGCGUUUUGCGACAAUGUUCCUUGCAGGUCGAUUGAAGCUCUUUUCGCAAGACGAAAAGUAGACUUACCGCCUACGGCGCCCUUGGAAGACAUCAAGACGCUCAGACCGGAGAGCCUAGAGAGCAUUGGCAGUGCGAAGGACUACCAAACCUUUUCGACUUUGCCGAGUGCGUUGCGCACCCCUUCGGCAAUCGAUACGUUCCUGGCAGUUGUGGGAGAGGCUCAACAAGGGUGUGAUGGAGCCAUGGACACCCUGUCUCAGGAAGACCUCUUGCUGGAAGAAGCUUCGGCGUCCCCGUCGCUUGUCAAUAUUCGAGUUGAAACGGUCGGCGAUGCUGCUGAGGAUUGUACCUGCAGCGAUGAAGGCGUACCGCCGGCGGAAGCUGAAGAGGUGCUACCCUCGCACGCGGCUGAUGAAGACGCACAGGACCACGUCAUUGCGGCGGAAGACUGGUUCGACGUAAUCCACGCCAUGCUGGCGUCUAAUGACACGACUAAUGGACCCCCCGGUUAGUCUGCGUUGUUACCAAUCUCAAGUUUGCUUGAACGGACGGGCCGGCGCACCACAGGGUCGAUUCCCUAUUUAACCCUUGUAAGGCGAGCGCAGCACGUUGUCACAUUUUCAGGUAUGUAGGUGUACGAGGUAGUUAAAUUGUGGUGCUCGUCCGCCCGGACCGAACGGCGAAUGAAUUUCGUUGUGCGACGAUAGCCCGGAUUUGGAAGGGGUACUCCUUGUUUGCGCGAAUGCCGAUUUAUUGAGAGCCAAAGCUUGUACGUACUUCGCUACUACUGUAGAAAGGCCAUCAACAUUUGUGGGAGGUUUUCCCGCUGAAGGCAGGAGGAAACUGAAUUUGGCAUGUGCGUGGGCAAAGCGAAAUGAUAUUUCUGUAAAUACCCACCUGCUUCAUUGGAUGUGCUGUCGCCCCCCUUUUCCACGUGGGAUGGGAGAUGAAAUACCUGGGCAACCUGGAUUCGGUGCUUGCUUGGAGAAAAGAUGCGAAUGAAUGAUAUCGAACCUUGUUUCGGCUCAUGUAUGAAUUGGUGAGAUGAGAUGGAGGCAUGCCCAACGUACAGUUUUGAGCCGGCCUUUUGUCUCACACGAAUAGUACGCUGCUGUGGGUCUGCGUCACCGUUUCACGGUCGGGGCAACGCAGCUAGCUUUGCGAUCAGAACAGCUUGCUCAGUUCCGCCUUUGUGGUGCACCGAUGCGGACAGAUCAAAACCCAACCACAAAAGGCGGUGGGUGCAAGAUAAGAAAGUAUUCAAGCAGGUGGGGAGCCGUCAACAGUUUUCGAUGUUGUAGAUCCAGGGCGGUGGGCACAAGGUGAUCGUGACACUUGCAGCCUUGGUGAUGCCCUUGCACAUCGUCUUUCUAAAAAUUUCGGGGCUGUCUUCGGUAAUCGUUUUUCAUGCCGGCAUCAUUUCCUGCGUGAACCAGAUCAUGACAUGUUUUUCGGACGGUUAUUGGCCACAACGGU